AUGCUCACCGGAUUUCUACCUCGCAACCCUUCUAGGAAUGACCCGUCAGGCAGUGAACUUUCUUUUACCGCACGAAAGUUGAGCACCAAGCUCAAAAGUCGACCAAUCAAUGACGUACAAUCUCCUCGUGUUGCUGUGCACAGCACACCCUCCAACAAUAGUAUCGCCUCUAGACAAUAUGAGAAUGAGCGCCAGCAAAGACUCAUUGCAGCGCAGCGAGAUCAAAGAGCUUGGUACGAAACCGUAUCGAAUGAAGCUUUCCAACAACGUGCACUGAACCGAGAGCAAGGUCAGCUAGCAAGAGAUGAGCUUCACAGUCACGUAGAGAGUGAGAGGCGGGCGGGUGAGGAACUAAGACAACAGCAGGUCGGAAUUUGCCGAGCGAAACUCCAUGAACGAGAAGAGCAGAGACGACGCGAAGGGGAGAGAAUUCGGCAAGAGAGGGCUGAAGCUGAAGCUACUUUGUUAGCCGUGAUAGCCGCAGAACAGGAAGAAGAGCGAAGGCAGGCAGAAGAGGCGGAACGUUUAAGAAGGGACAGACUGAGGGAGUGUACUGUGUGCUUCGAUGCGGACGAUAUGGGCGUGAUGGUAGAGCUGGCAUGCACCCACUGGUAUUGCAGACCACACCUCCGAGGUAGCUCCUCACCCUGCUCUCAAAAUGUACAUCUCAAUUCUGAUCUUAAUUAA